AUGAAUUUUAACAAUAAAGAUUUGUUUAAUAAAGCAAGUAAAGAUACUCGUGAUUUAGAAGAUAAUAUUGAUGACGAAAUUAAACUUAUUGAUGAAUUAGAAGAUUCAGUUAUAGAUAAUCCUUUUCUUAGAAAACCUCUGAAUAAUUCUUUAAUAGAAGAUAGUGAAAAGGAAGAGAAUUUAGUUAAACCAGCAGAAGAUAAUUUAAAUAUUUUUAGCAGUGAUUCUGUUAAAAAGAGUAAUUCUUCUAAAAAAAGAGAAGAGUGUAGUUUUUUGACUAAAAACACACAAGUGCCUAAAAAAGCAGUAAUUAAAGAAGUCACACCUGACAACAAUAAUAUUUUCAAUAACAUAACACUUAAAUAUUGGGAUGAAGAAUACAUUACGAUGGGUACUGGUUAUAUAGAAAUUAAAGAUGACAUUAUGACAUUUAUUAGAGAUGGGUUGUUUACAAGAUUGUUAAGUGUUCGGUUAAGUAAAGGUUUUUUAAAAAGAAAUGGAAAUUCUAUAGAUUUUACUACUCAAAAAGGAAAAUAUAGAUUUGAGUUUAAAGAAGGGAUAGAUGAAUUUAUAAAAACAUUCUCAAUUUAUUUUAAUUAA